AUGAGAUUCCCUUGGUCCAAACCGGCAGAGGCCGAAAAGUCGACAUCUUCCUCCGAUUCUGGUGUUCUCGGGACUACGACGCCAACACCAACCCCAGCAGAUACACAUAAUACCUCGACGGAAAUUGUGGAUCCAGAAAAGCAAGGCCAUGUCCAUCAACAGCAGACCAACCCCGGUAUUUCCCAGUUAACACCUCCACACGAACAGACGACCACAGAGACAGCCACACCUACAAGCCCAGAGAGUCAGAUCCAAUCCGAAGCGGCCGGCACAACAACCGACGAGAAAAAUGGUGACGAGGUUACGCGCACAAUGUCCACGGCGACGCAGUCGACCGACCCAGGUGAACCGGGCGAGGACGACGAGUCGAAAUAUAUCACCGGUGCACCACUCUACCUGCUGACUUUUGGUCUGACACUAUCGACCUUUGUCGUCGCGCUCGACAACACCAUUAUCGCCACGGCGAUCCCAAGAAUCACGACGGUAUUCAACUCCCUUGACGAUGUCGGCUGGUAUGGUUCGUCGUAUCUGUUAACGACGACUUCGCUGCAGCCAUCGUUUGGCAAGGUUUAUACUUAUUUUAAUGUGAAAUGGACGUAUAUCUCGGCACUGAUCAUCUUCGAGGUUGGUUCCGUGCUGUGUGGAGCAGCAGUGAACUCGGAGAUGCUCAUCGUGGGGAGAGCUGUUGCUGGAGCUGGAGCUGCCGCCUUGUUCUCUGGGGGAAUGACCAUUGUCGCUUAUUCCGUACCGCUGCGAAAGAGACCAAUCUAUAUCGGCCUGUUGUCCAGUAUGUUUGGCAUUGCAUCCGUGGUUGGACCCAUUCUGGGAGGAGCCUUUACUGAUCGUGUAUCGUGGCGCUGGUGCUUCUACAUCAAUCUUCCCAUUGGAGCCAUCGCCAUCGCAGCAGUUUUCUUCUUCUUCCAGAACCCCGUGCGAAAACACAGCAAUUUGACCUUGCAACAGAAAAUCGGCCAGAUUGAUCUGCUGGGUGCCUUCUUCUUGAUCUGUUCCAUUGUCUGCCUGCUUUUAGCACUUCAAUGGGGCGGGACGACCUACGCCUGGUCAAACUCCAAGGUGUGGGGAUGUAUUCUCGGCUUUGGGCUGCUGAUAUCCACCUUCACGGGAAUCCAGCUCUGGAAAGGUGAUACGGCGACCCUCCCUCCACGCAUCAUGUUGAGACAGCGCACCGUCUUCGUCUGUGCCUUUUUCUCCGCCUUUCUGGCCAUGGCUCUCUACACGCAUAUCUUCUAUCUCCCAUUCUACUUCCAGGCCGUCAAGGGGACAACCGCGGAACAAUCCGGGAUCCGAACUAUCCCGUAUCUGGUCAGCAUCACUCUGGCGUCGAUCCUGGUCGGCGGCAGCGUAACUUUCUUUGGUCCCUAUGUACCCUUCACCUGGGUCGGCUCUGCAAUUUUUGCCGUCGGUUCUGGUUUACUGUACACCCUCAAGGUCGACUCGUCCACCGCGACGUGGAUCGGAUACCAGAUUCUCGCGGGCCUCGGCGCCGGCGCAUGUGUCCAGAUCCCAUUCAUAGCGGUCCAGGUCGUGCUGAACAAGAAGGACAUGCCUGUCGGCAACGCGGUGGCAAUCUUCUUCAACUCCCUCGGAGGGGCUAUUUCCAUUUCGAUCGCGCAGAACAUCUUCUCUAAUACCCUCGUCAAGCAGAUACCUUUGCACACCACCGGUGUCGAUCCGUGGACCAUUGUCGCUGCGGGAGCCACCCAUAUUAAAGAGGUCACGCCGCCGGAUCAGAUCGCUGGUGUGCUCCAGUCAUAUAAUCUUGCGGUCACAACUGCGUUUAUACUGGCGAUCGCUUGCUCUGGCAUCGCGUUUGCGCUGUCUCUGGGAUUCGAGUGGAAGAGCGUCAAGGGGAAGAAACUUGACAUGGGAGGUGGCGCGGCGUAG